AUGGCAUCCCUACCCCUUUACGCACUCGAGCAGAGUGUUGCUGAACAAGCUGUUCUGCGAGCUUCGAUCCUUACGAAACAAAUCCAAUCUAUUGUCAACGAAAUCUCCAAAGACGACAAUUCCCCAGUUACCGUUGCCGACUUUGCAGCCCAGGCGCUUCUUAUCGGCGCUCUUCACCAUGCCUUCCCAAACGACUCCUUCUUGGGCGAGGAAAGUUCUGGUCCUUUGAGGGCCGACGAACAACUUUGCGACAAGGUUUAUGAACUGGUACUAUCCGCAACUGAUGCGGCAGGCUUAGUCGCAGGAGCGAUUCAAUUUCCUAAACCAGAGUCCGUCGAUGAGAUGCUGAGUUGGAUUGACCUCGGCGGAAGUGGCAAAGGUGGUGACAAGGGCAGGUUCUGGGUUAUGGAUCCCGUUGAUGGGACUGCAUCGUUCAUAAAAGGACAGCAGUACGCUGUUUCACUGUCACUUGUGAAGGAUGGAAGAGAAGUCGUCGGCGUACUUGGAUGUCCGAAUAUCAGCGCUGAGAUGACCCGGGUUUCAGAGAACGACGUCGAUGGGAAUGGCUUCGGUAUUGUGCUCACAGCCGUCCGAGGCCGAGGUUCGAUGAUCCGGACCAUGUCACUACGAGGGCUUGGUGAGGCAUUCCCUCUCCACUUUCUGGAGCCAUGCAGGCCGAACCUUUUGCACAUCGUCGGGUGCACCGCCUGCGAGGUCACGCGCCAUGACGUUGUUGCUGAGCUCGCCGAACACUUCAAGGCGAGGUUUCCCAACAUCGAACUAUGGUCUUCACACAUCCGCUACGCAGCCUUGAUUGUUGGCGGUGGCAACGCCCAGUUCUGGGUGCCUGCAGCUCCAGCAUCCAAGAUGCACAUCUGGGACCAUGCAGGCACGCAGCUCAUUUUUACUGAACUUGGUGGGAAAGUCACGGACUUGGAUGGGAGGGAUGUGGAUUUUGGCGCUGGGAGGGACCUGAACCGGAACAGGGGCCUGGUGGUGGCAAGGGUAGAAAUUCACGAGUCCCUCCUCAUAGCCAUGAACGAGAUAAUAAACGCACACUGA